AUUUCAUUUUGCAGGUCUCAAUGUGAUUUUACGUGGAUCUGGCAGCCCGUGUAAAGGCCGGCUGGAGGUGCGCAACGGUAAAGGCCCGUGGGGCUUGGUGUGUCAUUAUGGGUGGAACUCCAAGAAUGGAGAUGUUGUGUGUAAAUCAUUAAAGUGUGGGAACGUUAUCGACUCUGGUAUGGAAAUGACGAUGUACAAAGAUCCACCUCCACCCAAACAAUAUUUGAUGGAUCAAGUGAGCUGCAAUUCUACUGAAACAAGCCUUUGGGAUUGCUCAUAUAUUGGUGGAAAUGAUAUACAGUGCAAUGAUAGAUUUGUUGCUGUGAAGUGCUCUGGAAAUGUUAAACUGAGUUUGAAUCUGAACGGGCAGAAGGAUAAAUGUGCUGGAGUGGUGGAGUUCUCAACGGGGAACGACACCUUUGGUGUCUGUAAUUCUCACUGGGAUAACAACACAGCAAACAUGACAUGCCAGGAGCUUGGUUGUGGAGAUCAUCAUUACAUCCCUAAUCCUAGAAUCUUCAAAGGACAACCGAGCGAACAAACUGUAUUGCUUGAUUGUAUUGGCGAUGAGAAGUACUCUUGGCAAUGUAUGGAUUUAUCAAACUGCCCAGAACAAGCCAGUGUGAUCUGCAAAAAACACAGUAGGUUUCGUCUGCGAGAUGGCGACAAUGUUUGCUCUGGGUUGGUGGAAAAGCACAAUUUCACAGAUAAUUCGUGGGUUCCUCUUCAGAAGAAAGAUGUCAGUUCUGAAGUCAUCUGCCAGCAAUUAUAUUGUGGUACCACUAAAAAUGUCCCCCCUGAAGUCAACUGUACACAGUUUAAUUGCAGUACCACAGGAAAUCCUCUCCAGCAGCAAAAUGUCACCCCUGAAGUCAACUGUACACAAUUAAAUUGUGGUGCCACUGGAAAUUUCACAAACAAUCAUGAAACUAACAACCUCCGACUGACAUGCUCAGACAACGUCAAGCUCCGCAACUUCAAGUCAAAGUGUUUUGGAGAAGUUGUUUUUGAUGUGAACAACAACUCUACGUAUGGAGUGUGCUUCAGUGAAUCAUAUAGGGAUCUGUCUCAGAAUCUGUCUCGGAAUCUGGGGAAGGUGGUCUGUCGAGAGCUUGGCUGUGGAGAGGUGCUGGAUGUGAAACAGACACAGUACCCCAUGAUGUCUAAUGCUGGAAUGCUAAGUAACGUUGAGUGCUGGGGCGACGAGGUGUCACUGUGGCAUUGCCUGGCCAAUCGUGAGAAUAAACAAUGCCCGACAACCACAGUUACAUGUGCAGGCAGCUUGGAUGUGCGUUUGAGUGAUGGUCUGGGUCGUUGUUCUGGACGUGUAGAGCUGAAAUGGGAGGGCUCAUGGUGGUCCAUAAGCUCCAAAGGCUGGACCACUUGGAACUCAGACGUUAUUUGUGAACAUCUCGGAUGUGGUAAAUCUACUAAAGUGGAUAAAAAGUACUUCAUCGAAGGGAAACAGAAGCAACUGAAGUCAUGGAAUGUCGACUGUAAAAGCUCUUCAGCAAAACUCCAUGAGUGCCUGAAACAGACGAGUCGUUUUACAGAUCCAGCUUAUCCAAAUGUACAAAUCAUUUGCCAAAAGGAAGAACUUAUGUUCUUUGAAGGUGAUUCACCCUGCAAGGGAAAAAUACUCAUCAAGUCAUUUGAUAAGGCUGAAGCUAAACCCCUGCCUAAAGGACAAAAGAAAGAGAAUGAGAAAAAAGCCAGCGACACAUGCCACGCAAUGGGGUGUGGUAAUCUAAUCAACAGCACGUAUGAUAAUAAUGUCACAUGUUCAGGCUCAGUGAGUGUGGUGCUUCAAAACAACCUUAAAGAAAAAUGCUGGGGAACGGUGGAGGUCUGCAGAGGUGAAAAUUGUGGAAGAGUUUGCAAGGACACCUGGGAAAAUCAAGAGUCCGAAAAGAUCUGUAAUAACUUGGGCUGUGGUGAUCCAAUUAAGGGCCAGUUAAUAUCUUCAACACAAAACAAUCCACCUGUGCUCUACUAUAGUGUGUACUGCUUUGUGGAGAGGCAAAAUAUGAGCAUGUGCAAAUUUAUUACCAUGAAUGACUCCAAAUGCAACGGUCCAGCCCAAGUGAUAUGCACAGGCAGCAUCAAAGCUAGACUGAAGGAUCCAAGAGACAAAUGCGCUGGAGAUGUGUUACUGUUUUAUUCUGGGGACUGGAAACCUGUCUGCGAAGAGAGUCUUGAUGAAAAUCUUAAAAAUACAAUCUGCAAGGAAUUGAAUUGUGGGGAGUCCUACUCUACUAAUGUGCCUUUGCGAGACAAGUCCCAAAGCAAAGGACUAUCAGGAAGAAUUACAUGUGAGAGUAAUCACAACUCCGUUUCCGAAUGUAACCUCAAAGGCAUUUUAGGUGAAAAAACAUGCACUGUCGGCUAUCUGAAAUGUACAGGAUGGGAACGACUGCUCCUGUAUAAAAACAAAAGCCCAUGCAGUGGUCCUGUAUAUGCUCUGAGUGGAGGAAAAAUACAGUCUGUCAACGUACAGGGAUGGAGCCCAGAGGCAGGGCAACAGUUGUGCAAUUAUCUACAGUGUGGAAACUACAAAUCAAACUUCACUAUAUCCACAGACACAGAAGAGUGGUGGAAUAAGACCUAUAAUUGCUUGUGGAAGACGGAUAUGUGGGAAUGCAAGAGAAAAGAUCCGGCCGUCCAGCCUACGCAAAUAAACAUAACGUGUGACGGUGAUUUUCCAAACAUUAUGCUCUCAAACGGAUGCACAGGCAAGGUGCUCAUAAAUAAUGAGAGUGUUUGUGCAUCUCAUUUCAAUGAUGUGAUGUCCGAUGAUUUAUGUGACAGCCUUGACUGUGGUAGGGCCAUCCACCACUGGGGUACGACAGUCCCUGUUCCAACAAAUUGCUACCAUUUCAGCUGCACUGGCAAGGAGACGCUGCUGUGGCAGUGUGGCUUUAAGAAGAGCGAAUGUAAGAACGUCCUUUCUGUGGCCUGUCGAAAUAGUAUUAAGAUCGGCUCCACUAAGAAAUGUGGCGGGAAGCUUGCGGUUAACUAUAGAAAUCAAUGGGAAUAUGUCUGUGGAAAACUAAAUAAGGAUGAUACUAAAAUGGUUUGUAGAGAGCUUAAUUGCACGAACGUUGAAAAACUUGUGGAUGAAAGCAAAAUAGCCAAAGAAAUGGUGACCAUAAAUUGUGCAGGGAAGCCCCUCAGCAUUUCUCAGUGUGUGAAGCGUUUAAAAGAAGUAAAGAAAGAACCCUGCACACCUGCUGAAAUCCAAUGUGAAGGUUAUAUUGAAGAAGUUAAAACCGGAGUGAAUUCUGGUCUGAUAGUGGGUCUAUCUCUGGCCGUGCUGGGGCUGAUUAUGGUUUUUAUGUGGAUGAAUAGGAAACGCCUUCUUUUAGCCUUAAGACAUUACAGAAAUAAAAAUAGAAAAGACAUCAACAGUGAUAGGAAUGAAAUGAAUAACAUGGAGAAAGAGGACAGAGAUUUGACUCAAGGAAAUGCAUCAUUAUUAGAAUAUGAUGAUUAUGAGGAUGUGGAUUCUGACAAGAACAAAAUAGGAGACGAGGAUGCAGAUGAUAGAAUUCAAGGCUCUUCUGGUACUGAAUAUGAUGACAUCGAGGGACAAAACAGUGACAUCUCUCCUCACCAAACCCACAUUGAUGACGACCUCCCACUCCUUCCCAAGAGACCCAACAACAUUCUUGCAGAUGAGGACACCUAUGAAGUGGAGACAGAGAAUCAGGAGGAAUAUGAUGAUGUUAUGCCUGUCGAGGCUGCAGCCAAUGAAAAUGAAGGGAUGGCAGACACACAAGCACAUGUGGAUGUAGCUGUGGAUGCAGGCACAGAUUCAGAAGCAGGUACAGGUGUAAAUGCAGAUGCAGUGGUGGUGACUGCUGAGGUAGAAGUUCAUGCUGAACCAGAGUAAUGAUGCAGCCUCAUGGUUACACUUUAUUUCGAUGGUCCACUUUAGACACUGUAUUAAUUAUAAGUCAACUACAUGUCAGCUAUCUCUCAUUAACUUUCGUCCUCUGUUUCGGGUCAUUUUGA